AUGCCCAGGAAGCCUGGCUGGAAGCGCUCCGAGGCCACGGCCCGGCGCUGGGAGCACAAGCUAGACUUGUCCCGGCGGGGAGUGGAUCAGCUGGCCUCUUCUGGGCUAGCUGUUCAGGUUCCUCGUCAUGAGCAAUGCCCUGAGCCGACCACUCGCCUUGGUCUUGGUUCUCGGCAUUCUGUGAAGAAGCAGAACUGGCCCACUUCGUCGUACGUCGACAAGCCUUGUAAGUGGGUCGUUCCGCCAGUGUUUCCGGACAAAAAGAGGGAGCCAGACGUCGUGUGUCUCCUCGCUCCUUGCAACAACAUAACAGCCAGCAAGACGGUUACAGAGGCUGCAUCAGAGUUCGCCCGACUCCUCGACGUAGUGUGCAGCCGCUGGCAAGAGGUCUGUGUUCUGGAUUUUCCACCUCGUCUGACAGUAGAGGUGGAGCUCCAACAGGCCCUUAGGGAGGAGUACCGCCGUGUGGCAGCUCGCAGGGAAAUCCGCUACUUUCCUGUGGCUGAGCACUUCCGGAUGGACAAACUCCGGUUGUGGUGCUGGGAUGGUGUCCAUCUGAGUGACAAUCAUGGGAUGGGGGUCUACGCUAAACUGCUGCAGCAGGCGUGCUACCAGCAGCUUGAAGGGAAGGUUCCUACCGUUGUGGUUCCUCCCUCCCCAUCCAAACCGUACACCUGGAGGUAUAAGCCAAGAGUGGUUGUGGCUGGCCCUGAGCCUUCGCCACGCCCACCCCCUCCUGAGUGGACAGUUAUUGGACAAGGCCGAGAGAGGAAUCAGCCAAGGGCCUCUACGCACACCCAGAGAUUUCCCAGAGGUCCACGGCUGGUUCAACCGGUGAGGAACGCGCCAAUCCUACCGCUUUCGCCUACAAUGUUCAGCGAGGCCAAUAUGCUCAAGGUGGAAAAGGUCUAUCCAUCUUGUCUGGACUCUACUUCGUCAACAGAAGAGACUCCUCCCCCGAGGAGUCGCAAACCUGCUGCCCGACAGAGAAGGCACAGACGCCCGAGGGUGGCCAGGGCAGCAGCUGGAGAAGUGACCCACUCAUCACUUCUCACUGAACAGCCCGGGAUAGAGAAGCAGACGGUGAGACAUCGAAAUAACAAUUCUGGUCUUUUAGGUGUUAGCCCUGAUUAG